CUGGUUGGAGCUAUCAACAGGGCUCAGUUCAAGUUCGAGGAAACUUCAGAGCUACUAAGAUGGAACUUGAUCAAGCUCGGGUUCAGGUUUUCUGAACUUCAAGCCGAGGUCAGGAGACUCGGCUCCAAGGCUGACAUCCAGCAAGGGACUAUCGAGAGUCAAGCGAUUGACCUCCAGGUGAAGAGCAGGAAGAUUGGGGAGUUGGAUGCUGCUCGGAAGAUAGCCGAGUACCAGGUCAAAGAGCUGAUUGCUUCAUCUCAGGACAACCAGAAGAACAAGGAAGCUGAGGUCAGGCUAGCCGUCCGGAGAGGAAAGAAGGAGGUAGCUGACGCUUACAACAAGGUCCUGGUUUCCGUUAAGGAGAAGUUCUCCAAGAAGAAAGACGAGGUCGAUCUUCUGGUUUAUGCUCAAGAGCUUCAAGCUAAUACUGAGCUCCUGAAGGACAUGCUGGAUAACGAGAUCAAGAGCGCUGAGGAUGAGUACGCUCGCUUGGUGGCUAUGAUGCCGGAGGCAGUUGCUGCGUACGAAAAGGCACAAGUCUCGGACUUCUCGAUCAGCAAGCUCCCUCUUCCUCAACUCUCUGAGAGCUCAGCCCCAGUCAAAGCCACCCCGGGAGGCGACGAUAAGGAAAUGGAGGAAGAAGUUCCGGAAGAUGAUCCAGUUUACAAGGGAGCUGAGAAGAGCUCAGGUGAUAAGGAGGUUUAAGAGCUGAGGCUCUUUCGU